UGUUAUUACUACUUAAAAUAUUCGGCGAACCCCAAAAUUGUUAAAAACCAGAACAUAACCCUUUUCCUUACAGAAGAGGGAAAACAAAACUGAAAUUUAGAAACUCUGGAAGUAGCGGCAGUAACCCAGCAGCAGCAAUUUCUUUCCUUUUUUCCUUCCCUGUCUAUUUCUCAUUCUCCUUCGCUAUAUAAGAAGAUGGGGACCAGAUAUUAGAACAAUUAGAAUGCCUAGAGCUAGAAGAAAAAAAAUUCAACCUCCUAUUCUUGUUUCUGUAACUUAAUUGCUACUAAAAUUAAUGGCUACCAGCAAUUCUCAGCACCGCUGCGUUUUUGUUGGGAAUAUACCGUAUGAUGCAACUGAAGAACAGCUUGUACAAAUCUGUGAAGAAGUUGGUCCUGUUGUAUCCUUCAGGUUAGUUAUUGAUAGAGAAACCGGGAAACCCAAAGGGUAUGGUUUCUGUGAGUAUAAGGAUGAAGAGACUGCUUUAAGUGCUCGUCGUAAUCUUCAAGGGUAUGAAAUAAAUGGUCGGCAGUUACGAGUUGAUUUUGCUGAAAAUGAUAAAGGUGCUGACAGAAACCGCGAGCAGGGCCGUGGUGGGCCAGGGUUGACGCCAAGUGUUGAUCCUCAAAAGCCAAUAGGUGGCCCAGCUGUCAUAGUGGAUUCAGCUCUUCAUCAGCCAAUUGGGAUCUCAUUAGCUGCUACAGCUGCAUCUGUCAUGGCAGGAGCUCUGGGUAGUGCUCAGAAUGGUGCCAUGUCCCAGCAGAAUGGUUUGCCAGGUCAAUUUGGUUUGGGCAGCGAUCAGUUGACUCAUUAUCUAGCUAAAAUGUCACGAAAUCAGAUGUUUGAGAUUAUGUCUGAAAUGAAAGUAAUGGCUACCCAAAACAAAGAAUUAGCACGGCAGCUAUUGUUAUCGAGUCCACAGCUCCCAAAAGCUCUAUUUCAGGCACAGAUAAUGUUAGGGAUGGUGACUCCACAAGUGUUGCAGAUGCCAAAUAUCCGGCAAUCACCUGGUUCACUCUUGCACCCGCCUCCACUACAAGAAGGCACGAAGGACCACAAGUUAGCAUUAUUUCCUCCUCAUUCGGGGAAUAAAAUGCCUCCUGGGAUGCAAGAAGGCCAUUUACCUUCUGUUCCUCAGAAUGUCCUGGUGAACAAUCAGCCUUCUUCUGGGACAUAUCCUCAGCUAUCUAUGCAACCUCGGUUUUCACAUCCACAACAAACACAAACAGGUCAACAUCUACCACAAACAACAAUGUCAAUGCAGCCUGGAGUUUCAACUGUUCCUUCCAUGAGGCCGUUUUCUGGUUUGCCUAUUAGGCCACAGACUCAAGUUUUGGAAACUUCUACUGCUUUGAAUCAGCAAAUUCAACAGCCUCCUCUGCAUCUUCGUUCGGUUGCACCAGCAAAUUUAACUCAUAAUACUUACCAAAAUGCAACAGUUCAAGAUUCAUUUCUGCCCCGCCCUCCGUUAUCACAACAAAGUUUUCAGCCUAGCUCAUCAAAUUCAAUGAUGCGACCUAGUGUACCUGACUUAGUUAACAAAUUUGCUGAAAGAUCUGCUCAAGUUCCGGUUGAUGCCAGAAACAGCACGUAUCCAAACAUGUCCUCGGGACCAUUGGAGCAAAAGCGUAGGAUGGGUGACACUUCUGAUAAUAUGAAUCGGCCGUCAAAGCUGGCGAGGUUAGAAGAUGGGCAGGUAGUACGUAGUACGGUGAAUCAACAAACAUCUAUGAUUGGCGGAUCGGGUCCAAUCCAAGCUGUUGGAAUUGGUUCAUCGCCUGCUAACAGGAUUUCAAGUACUGAAGGGAUGCAGUAUCCAGAGAAGCAAGCUCCUCAGGCACCUGAUGAUGAAUCAGCCCUACUGGAACAAGUGAUGAACCUGACGCCGGAGCAGUUGAGUUCUUUGACAUUGGAGCAGAGGCAACAAGUGAUUCAGCUCCAAAAAAUGCUUGCAAACAGGUGAUUUAGGUUCAGAGUAUUCUUCAACAAGUUUCAGUCCCCAAGGUUUCUGCUGGAGGAGUGCCGGAUUUAGCAUCACCAGCCCAGUGCAGCACUUCGGUUUUCAGGCAUUCACAAUUAUUAUUUGCUGGAAAUGGAGCCAUAGGUGACUACUGUUAUCAUCAUUCCAAAAUGGAAGAGAUCUAUUGCAGAUCUCCAUGUUGAGAUUCUUUAGAAAAAUCACAUGUUGUGAUAACAUUCAAUUUCAAUGUAACAUUACGAGAGAUUGUGAAUAUAUUAAUGAGAAAAGAAGGAAAGCUCUGGGUUCAGUUCUUGCAUUUAGGAUAGGCAGAAGUGAACCCAAUUUUGCCAGUAAUACUGUUCGCCUACUUUGCACUUUUUUAUUCCCUUUUAUGUUUC